ACAAACCCUAUUUGUUCCUACUACUUUGAGCGCCAUCUUGUUUGUAACUCCUCUACGUAAGUGGUAGAGUUCCUACCGAGGGGGUAUCCGAUUACCCUUUUACCAGCGUUAGACUGGGAACCUCUCCCUGUAGUCCUCGGGCGCAUAUUGCAAUUUGCUUGAUCGCCUCUCUCUUAAAAAAUAAGCCACAGAAAUGAGCAUCGAAACGCUUCUAGAAGCAGCCAAGUUUUUGGAAUUGCAAGCCCAGCAUCAACAGAAAGCACGUGAGGAUGAACUAAAGGAAAAGCAGCGCCUGGAGCAGUUGGCAGAGCGGAGAAACUCUGAUGUGAACUAUAACUCAACACUCCACAUCAACAAUGUUUCUAAAGCAAAGGCAGAGUGCCGCGCGGUGCCCAUCCCAACCUCUCUGCCUCCCCCCUCCAUGCCCAUCACUGUCAUCCCCAUCCCGGUGGUCACCCCUAACCCUACAGACUCACCCACUCUGCCUGUCGCCACACUCUGCCCUCCAGCUGCUCCACCACCUGCCGCCACUCUGCCAUGCUCUCCCCAACCCAUAUCUGACCACCCGACCUCUGUGCUAACCACCAACCACACGCAUCUGAUACAGAACCACCAUCAUCAACCACCGCUCAUCGCCCAAACUAACAGUACUAAACUACAGCAGCAGACACACCAGCAGCUGGUUCAACGCUACCCUGGUUCCAUCGUCUCGCCCCCCCAGCAACAUGCCUUACUCCCUCAGUCGGGCCACGUAGUCCAGCAGCCUCCUCUACAGAACGGCACCAUCAGCCGAGGGAGUCCUCCUGAUGACGGCCGCCACCUAGACAAGAAGAGGCCUGGAGGGGCAGGCACAAGAGAAGUGCAUAACAAGCUUGAGAAAAACAGACGGGCACACUUGAAGGAGUGCUUUGAGACGCUGAAAAAGAACAUCCCCAACAUAGACGAGAAGAAGACCUCCAAUCUGAGCGUGCUGAGAAGUGCGCUGAGAUACAUCCAGACGUUGAAGCGGAAAGAGAAGGAGUACGAGCAUGACAUGGAGCGACUGGCCAGAGAGAAGAUAGCCACGCAGCAGCGAUUAGCAGAGCUGAAGAACGAUCUGAGUCAGUGGAUGGAUGUGAUUGAGAUUGACCGCGUCCUGCGACAGACAGUACAGCCGGAGGAGGACCAGGCCUCCACCUCCACUGCCUCAGAAGGUGAAGAUAUUAUGGCGGAUGACCUGGAAGAUGAGACUGCACCGAGAGCGCAGACUGCCUUACCCACCGUGCCUCAAACCAUGAAACCUGAGCUGCACAAGACUGCAACACCCACUCACCCACCCACCACUACCUCCUUCAUCACCCAACACAUCUCCAUCCAGCACAAAGUCCCUCUGCACCAGCCUCAGCUCCAGCCGCUGACAGGGACUCCUCCUCAGCCAGUGUCCAAGCCUGCUGCCCUACCUAUUAUCACAACCUCCAGCCAUCACUCCGCCUCCAGUCAGCCCUUGAUACCCAGCCAUACACAGAUGGUGACUGCCUCCAGCCUACAUCCCACCGUUAUUGCCCAUGCUUCAGUGUCUCACCCCUCAGUCAUCCAAGCAGUCAACCACGUCAUCCAGGGAGGGGGUCCCAAACAUAUUGCCCACCUGGCUCCCUCCCCCACCACCAGCACUGUCCAGUUAGCCCCCCGGCCCCCAAUCGGCCACAUCACCGUGCACCCGGUGGCUCACCUGAGCCAGCAUCUACCUACCCUAUAUUCUCAACCGGUGGCUGUCACACAGUCAGCUGUGGUCGGUCACAUCACCCACACGCUAAACCACACCCACCCUCACAUGAAUGGCACUGCGACUAGCCAACCAGCUGCCACCAUAGUUGGCAAGCAGACAGCAGUGAGCACCCAAAUGGUGGCCCACCACCCACAGCUAGUGGGCCAGACAGUGCUCAACCCUGUGACAAUGGUGACCAUGCCCUCCUUCCCCAUCAGCACUCUGAAGCUGGCCUGAGGACUGGGACAGGACUCCCAGGCUGCGCAACAGAGACAACCCUGAAAUGGGAGAAGCACAGGCCUCAGACCAGGCCAUCAAAAAAGCCCACAGUGAGGGCAGGAGAGCUGCUGGCCACCUUGCUGAUCCUGUGUACCUAUCGUUCAGAAGCAUUACAGCUGAUUUAAAGCCGGAAACAUUCCUACAAAACCUCUUUCAAUACUAGUCCACCACAGUGUCCUGAAAGCUUGACCUUGAAUAUAAGAUAUGGUUGAGGGUCAUCAUGUUGUGUGUUUGUGGCAAUAUACGGGGGGGCAGACACUCGCUUAUUAUCUAUUGUUGCAGAUGAUGGAGCAUCUCACAUGAGCUUUACAGAAACAGCUUCAAAUAGGGAUGUGUUCACUGCCAGUACAGUGUCGAUGUCAGAACCCUGUUACAUUGUUCAUGUAGGUACUGGCUGUUGGCUAGACGCCCAGCUAUCACUAUGACUGCACUGGAUUAACCAAUAGAAUAUCAUGUACUCAAGAGGCUACAUUGUGUUUUGAGGGCUGUGACAGUGUAGGAUCAGAGUGCAGGACCCGCCAUAACCAGCACAUUGGGAAUGUGAUGCAGACAGCUCCUCCUCUCCAGCCGGCACAUGCCGCAGGGCUGGAGCAAAAUCACGGACUGAACUCAAGCUCCUGUUCAGAAGCUGUAGUCCUCAGUGUUGGUGCAUGCAGCAAUCGCUCCCCCUGCUGGCUGAUUGUGUUCUAAUGGAAUGCUACUAUACCUUUUGACAAUAAAGAAAUCUGAUUGAUUGAUAUUAAAAGAACAGCUACUUAAAGUAAAGGAAUAUGCAUGUUUGUCAGGGUCUUUUGCUUGUUCAAACAUACUGGGGACUUCACUGAGCACCACUUCAAGUUUUAGGAUAAAGUACAUUUUUUUGUUGCAUAUAUUUUGAAAUAUCUUGGCCAAAUAGAAUCAGUUCUACACGCCCCCUAAAAGUAACGCCACAACAGAAUGUGUGAGAUACAAACUUGGAUGCUACAAGGUGAAGGAGCUGGGUGUUUAGAGGUUUUGAAUGUGAAUACAUAAAAGGCAUCAAGACGUAGUAAAGUGUGUUUCUAUGGUGUCUGGCAGGGCAAAUGGUAGUUUGAUAUGUGUUUGCAUGCUGUAAAUGCAUGAUUGUUUAUUAGUGAUAAAACGUGGAGCCAUAGCGGUGCUUUGCAGACAAGUUGCCGACAGAAUGUAAGAUUUUUUUGGCUCAGAGUUUAAGCUCUGUCAUCCAUAACUUUGGGUUGGGAUCGGUACAAAGUGUGCAACAGCUGACAUAAAUCCAAUCAAUGUGUGUUUUUCACGACUAUCCUUUUCCAAAGCAAGCACUGUGAACAUUUCUAUUUUAGUCUCAAUGAGCAGCAGUAUAGCAUAGCACUUGCUAGAACAGCAACAGCUGUACUCUCCUUAUUUAAUCUGAAUGUACUAUUUUCUGAAAGGAUGUGGAGUAGUGCACUCAUCAGAAGUUAAGCCCUGUUUUGUUUUAAGAAAGAUGCAAUUACUUUAUUAAAGUAUCAUGUGUAUGGAAAGUGUAACAUUUAAAACUGAUUUUGUAUUUUAAGAUUUAAUGUUGCUUGUUUUAUCUGGAGAAUAACUUUGUCAAGUGUAAAUUUAAUAAUAUAGUUGUGUUUUUGGGACCAUGUACAGUGCUGUAUAUCAUGGGGGGGGCGACUACACAGACCUCUUACCAAGGUGAUAUCACAUUCAGCCGCUUUGGAAAGUAUUCACCCUGUAAUUGUUUUCUAUUUUGUUCUGAUGCAAUAUGAUUAAAGCAGGGACUCUGUUUUGUUUUUAACUAAUUCAUUGCAAAGAUAAAUAUAACCAUUUUUACCCUCAUAUUUUAUGCAAAUGAUCAUGAACAAAUCAUAUUGAAGCAAAACAAAAUGUGAAAAAAUUAACAUGGAUUCAGAUACUUGAAGAAGCAACAAUAUAUUUGUAUGUUUUCCCUAUGGAGAAAGAUUAAGUUGUAUAUAGCCUGUAAAUGUUGGGCUGCAUUAGAUCUAACUGUAUUAUGUA